UGCCCUUCACCCCCGGAACCCUUUCGGCCUCUCACGCUUCUCUCUCCCCCAACCCUCCGCUCUCUUUUCUCCCCCGUUUGGCCGUCUCUGUGCUUCUUUCUCUCUCCUUCUAAUCUCUGCUACGUCAUAUGGUUGCGAUCCAGAUUGUCUCCCUUCGCUGCUGUCCCGAUUUCCCCUCAAUAUUUCUUCUUCAUCUCGCGCGCAUCCCGAUUUCUGUCGUGAUCCCUCACCACCUCCGCCGUAAUUGUGAUGUCGGCGGCGGGUUCUCCGGCGACUGAGUUGCCGGACAGAUCCUCGUCGGAGGAUCAAUUUCAGGCGAACAAUCCGACCCGGAAGUCACGUCCUGCGCGGGCGUGCACCGCCCGCACUUCAGCUCGACUGCAGGCUCCCUUGCCGGCGCUGGAGCCCCGCUCCAUCACCGUUGGUGUUGUCACUCGUCGGGAGAAGGAGGAGCAGCAGCCGGCUAGCCGGAUCAUCACUUCGUUAACGCAGCCGCCAACGUCGGCUCAGCUUCCGCGGUGGGGUAUCCGCUCCAUGUGGGAGCUUGCUUCCGUGCUCAACUUUUUGAAUGUAUUCAGACCGCUGCUGAAUAUAUCGGUUGAGUUCUCAGCAGAGGAGCUUGAGACGGCGCUGCUGGUGCCGAAUAAUACAUUGGAUGAUAUUCACAUACCGCUGCUAAAGGCUAUACCACCUGUUAUCCGUGUGGCUUUAGGUCGGUCAACUUGGGUUACAGUUUUGUGCAGGAAAAUAAAAGAUUGGUGGCAUUGGGUAGCUGAUGGGGAGAUACCAAUAGCUGCAUCACACGGGGCUGAGGUUGAGGUAUACAAGAAUCUUGAACCGCCAAUUCGAGUGUUGAUUUUAAAAGCUUUAUGUGACAUUCGUGUAGAGCAAGAAGACAUUAGAAAUUAUAUUGACAAUUCUUUGAAACACGGUGUCCAUCUUUCUUUGUUUCGGAAAGAUCGUAUUGGUGGUGAUUCUCUGGGAGUUUCAUACUGGUAUGAGGAUGAUGAAAUAAUAGGUCACCGAUUAUAUCGGGAAAUAAGAAAGGUUGAGGUUAAGAAGGGCAAGGGAAAAACUGUUCCUGCACCUCCUAAUACCUCCUACCAAUGGGAAAUGGUUGCGUCCAAUUUGGAUGAAUUCCAAGAAGUUUCUGACAAACUUCUUGAAAGCAGGAAUAGGACUGAAGUUUCACUGGCAAAGAAGUUAAAAAUAGAUAUUCUGCCAGAGGUUGACAAAAUUCAGAAGAGAAAAGAUCGAUUGUUGAAGAAGCAACAUAGACAAGCUCUCCUUCUCGAUAGCUUUGUGAUUGCUGAUGGGAUUUCUUCUGGAAGGUCCCUGCGUGACAGAAAACCAGUCACAUAUACAUUUGAUGACUAUGAUAGAUCCAUAAAUGAGGCUAUCAAGAUCACAAAGAAAAGGCAAAUAUCUCCAGAGCAAGCUAACAAAAGAGAACCUAUUGCCAAACCGGUGUCCAAUGGCGGGCUGAAUGGUGACUCGCCGACGCCUCAGCACGCAUUUGAUGCGCAAUCACCAAAUCCCAUUGAAUAUGAGGAGACCGAUGAUGAAUUCCAUAGCAGCCCGCUUGAUCGCAGCAACCGAAGAAGGAAAAGACCUCAACGAUAUUCUGCAAAGGAAUUUGUUGAAGCCGUUUCAGAAAAUGAGGCGUAUUUUGACAGCGAUGACGAUAUAGUUGGAGAGGCUGUAUACGACGACGAAUAUCUAAGAAAUAGAAAGCAGAAGGUCUCCAGUAGCUCCGAGGGGGAUGAGGAGUAUCACUGGGAGGAUAAUGCAGAAGACGAGGAAGAAUACGAAGAAGAUGACGAAGAAGAUUCACUGAGUAUCAGUGAAGAUUCAGUCGAGCAUCGCCAGCACAAGAAACUUCGAAGCCGCAGCAGACGUGGAGCAAAAUUGAGAUCGGUAGAUGAACUCCAGAACGGACUCAGGCGAAGCAAACGCUCGACGAAACCACGAAUAAAUUACAAGCAAUACGAACUUUCAGAUACUGAUGCGGAGUCUGAAAAGGCAGAUAAUUCAAAUGUGUCCGAUGCCGCCUCAGAUGCAAUGAAUGAUCUAGAACCGUCAUCCGCUAGUCAUGGUUCACAACAGGACGACGACGACGACGAAGAAGAAGAUGAAGAAAUGAAUGAUGAGAAGAUCGAUCACAUGCAAGUUGAGGAGACUACCAGUGAAGCACCCCAAUCCCAACAACAAGCAAAAGCUGAAAGCCCGGUACACGAAGGCAGCGUACCGAGGAGGCGAUUCUUAGACCUCAACGAGCUCGCUCCUGGAACCGGUUUCGAGGAUGGUCCCAAUUCGAUGAAGGACGAAGAUGAUGACAUUUAGGCGAUUAUAUCCGAAGCGAAGUUCUUCAUAACUCAAAUCUUUUCCAUGUACCCAUUUUUUUCUUCGCAAAGUAGAACACAGGCAGUAGUAAUCAAGGAGGGCUGCAGGGGUAAGAUAACUUAAUUUUGAGACCCCAUCUCCGACAUUCUCGACAGAUCCUGCUCUGAAGUUGGGAUCGAGGUAAAGACAUAAACGGAAUCUGUAGGCCUACUAAGAUCAUCCAAAAAGUCAAUAUGAGAUUGUAAGAAUGUGUGGAAAGGUCAAUGCCUUAUCUUUGUUGUCAGACCAAGUUUGAUUUGUUUCUUGGUCAGACAAAUUGUAGGGAUUUGUGUUAUCCUCCAUGGAUUUACAUCUACACAUUUUGAUGUAAAAUGCCCCCCCCUUCAUUGCCUGCCCAUAACGUGGUACAAAAUCUUACUAGAAAGUUGGGAACAUAUAUUUUAAGGUUCAGGAAUUUAUAUGUGAUUUAUUAAAUACAAGUAUGAGCCUUGUAUUUUAUGCCUUUGUAAGCAUCAACUAUCUAAUUAGAAUUUUAAAGAGUAUUGAGGGUUUUUUUCCUC